AUGACGUGGUAUGGCAGCAAGAAACAAACCUUAACAUUUAGCGGAGAUGAAGGUCAAAGAAUGAGAGAGAAAUUGAUAGCUUUGGCUAACAUGAGACUACGCAAAGAGUCAAUAAAUAUAAAAUCGGUUCUGCAGAAUGAUUCGGAAAUAAAUAUUGAAAACAAAUCUUCGACAAAGAAUACUAAUGAAGGCGAUCAUAUGCAGGUUCCUAGCACCCUCGAUGCCCUACAAGCGAAGAUAGACAAUUUUGAACAACAAUUCAAAGACUUUCAGUCGAGAACCAAUAAUAAUAUCGAUAUUCUAUUUACUAAAUUGGAAAGGAACCCAGAUGCCGAGAAGGAAAAAGAAAUUGAUCGAUUACGUGAGGAAAACUGUAAAUUAAAGACGGACAAUGCAGAACUAAUUCAUCGCCUCAAUGAACAUGUAAACACAAUAUCGGAAUUAAAUAAUAUAAUCAAGGUUGCCGGAGAUGAAAAAGCCAGUUUACUAACUGCUAUUCGCUUAAUCCAGUCUGAUGAUAUUAAUGUUAGAUCAAACAAUAACGAAUCUCAAGUAUGGACACGAACAGAAAGUAAAACCCAAGGUAAAACAAAGAACCAAACACCUUCGCGACGUAUUAAUCAAGCGAGCAACCAAAUUUUAGAACCAAAUAAAUAUGCCUCGUUGGCGGUUGAUGAAUCUAAUGAAAACAAAGAUAUGGAUCAUAAUGUCACCCCUAGUUCAACACAUAUAGAAAAUUCGACAAACACCGGUAGAAGAAUACAACACCAAAAGGAAAAGCAAAGAUACUCGGUCGAACCGACACAUCAACACAAUGCCUCAAGCUCAAAGUCUACCGAAGGCCCGAUAGCGAUCCUAGGAGACUCGAUGUUAAAGAAACUAAGUCCUUCAAGAUUACGCCGUUCGACUGGGAAAAAGAUAAUAGUCAAGACGUUUCCUGGAGCAACUACUUCGGACAUGAAGCAUUAUAUUAAACCUACUCUGGAGAAAAAUCCCCAACUAGUCGUGAUCCACGUUGGAACAAAUGACAUCCAACAUAAAGAGCUCGAGGAGAUAGCUAAGGAAGUUGAAUCACUGUGUAGAACUAUCAUGAUGAACGGCUUGUCAAAAGUCGCUAUUUCAGAGAUCAUCCAGAGGGCAGAUGACAAAUUGAAUACAAAAGUUAAAAAAUCGAAUGUUCUCCUGGCAAAG